CUGGCGUUGAAGGUGCGGAGUGCGGGUGUCUUUAGGGAAAACAUUCAUUCAUCCCUGCAGGAAAUGGUGCUGUCAUUUCUAGAGAUAUGACGUCACUGUUGCCCUAGUGAUUUAAACGUCAGUGACAGUGACAGUGAAUAGUGACUAAAUUGGAUUAUGUGUUCAAACCAUAUUCUGGCAUCAUGAAGUCUGUAUUUGCCUGCUGCGCUACCAUUUUAUCGGUCGUGGUGUUGGGAGUGGCCAGUGCUAAGAUAGGAGGAUGGGACACGUCACCUAACACGCAAUACCACAUCCAGACUGAUGAAGGACCCGAGAGAUACUUCAAGUACCAAACCCUCAGCGGCCAGUACCGCAAGGAGAAGAGGUUGGAGGAUGGCACCGUGGUUGGAUCGUACGGCUGGGUAGACUCUAACGGUUACCUUAGGCUUCGGGACUACAUAGCCGACAGCAAGGGCUACCGCAUAGUCCGCACCAAGAAGGUUCUUGUUGGAGUCGACACACCCAUUGGCGACGCUGUGUCCGCCGCCAAGAAAGUACCCAGUCAAGGAGGAGUUGGGGUCGAGAACGCGAAGAUAUACGAGAAGCCUAAGCCUUACGUGUCUUCCACUUACCGUCCUGAACUCGUGUCGAACUCUUUGGACUACUCUUCCUCCACAGUAGCACCUAUAUCGCUCAGUGACUAUUUGAAGCAGAACAAAGAGUAUCCUUCGUCGACUCCUGCACCGUAUGUGAAGGAAGUGUACAUCACACCUAACUCGUACUAUUCUUCUUAUCCUUCUAGUACUCCUGAGCCUUAUUAUGAAGCGACUACCCCGACUCCGACUCCAGCUCCAAUUAGACCCCAGACGUUCAGACCAUACUUCGACCCCAACUCCAUCUACCCCUCUGCCUCCAGGAGAGUCUACGACACGGUCGGUGCCCAGCGGUACUCUUCGGGCCGAGAUCAGGUCUCUCCGUACGAUGGCGUCUCCAUGACUCAUGAUGGAUUCCGGUACUACCUCCCCAGGCACUACCACGAGGAAGAGACACUUCCCGGAGAGAAGCGCGCCGGCAGCUUCGGCUACAUCGACCCCUUCGGCAUCCGGAGGGUCAUCUACUACAACUCCGCCCCUGGGACAGGCUUCGUGCACAGGAAGAACAACCGAUACGUCGGCUUCGACUCAACUCCAUACGACCCUAGGUUUUAAAUUGUCUAGGAUGGUCGAUUCUGUAUCAUGCACUUUUUGCAUCGCAGAAAGCGUUUACGGUUACAAAUUUAACUUUACAGACCAGUGGACAUUUUCUAUUUUAGUAGUUUCGUGGAAAUAAUUGAAAAGUGAUACAUUUUUGUUUGCUGUUAUUUAGAGUUCCUUCCAGAAACUAUUCCAACCUUAAGUAUGGAUUUAAUUACUAAAUUCAGAUGGAUGAACUCUUUAAUUCAUAAUUACUUAAAUUACUGAAAAAUCACGAGUCCAUGGCUGAUUUACUUAUCAGUUCGGUUCACCUCAAAAGCAUGACCAAGAACAUCGAAUACACAUACCACGUCGACCUGGUCGAUUCUAGUGUCAUAUUACUGUUACAUGAAACUGUGAUCCAGUUAGUUGUAUAUACGUCUCCGAAAUGAAAUGGAGAUUAAAAGUAUUCACUAAUAAUUUAUUUUACUAAAUAAUUAAAUUAGUAUUCAUUGUAAGGUUGUACAUAGAUUAGGUUAAUAAAUGUUGUUUAUUUGUGCCUUCCACUUUUACACUUUUUUCUUAUGGGUCAGGAAAACAUCUAAAACUAAAUCUUUGUCAACGCUAUACUUAGAUCAGGUCGGAUAAACCAUUUCGUCAAUCUAUUUUCCGCAAUAGCGCUGUCAACUUCAAAUCUUCCUGUAAUUGAUGUUUUUAAUUUUGAGAAACCGAUGACAUUUAUGUCAAACUGUUUGUUUCUCCAGAGUGAGACAUUGUCUUGACCUCCGUCAGCUGUGAAGAGGCGUGUUUCCCAAUCCUUGUAUUCAGAUCGCCCACUGUCACAUUCUCUAGCUCCCAUUGGUCAUCGAGACAUUGGCCUCAAUAGAUUCUUGAGUUGUGACACAACCUUCGAAGAUGGCUACGCGACAGUAAUUUCUUUCAAAUAUUCCAACGCGAGCACAAUUUUCCUUCAAAUAUUCAAAUGUAAACAGUAUUUCCCAUCCAUUACGGAAACCAAAGUGAACAAUAAUUUUUCUUCGAAGAUUCCAAUGCAAACGUUAUUUUUCCUUAUAAGCGUAAGCCUAUGCAACUUCUUCAGAAAAAUCUUCUUUUUGAAGAUUGCAAAUCCCUUUAAAAGCAUGUUGAUGUUAACAAAUACCAGUUUGCAGAACAACGUCUUAGUGUUUGUCAAUUUUUUUAUCAAAUAACAGACAAAGUAAUAAUCAAAACUACACAAUAAACAAGUUUCCUUUGAGGAUGAUUUGUAACUAAACCUAUCGUAACAAAGUUUAAUCCCAUCAAAUUCGUCCAACGUUGUUCGUGUUAAAACCUUUGAAUUUCCUUCUUGAUAAUAUAUUAUUGUUCAAAUGUUGUAUUUAAUAAUAAAUACCUGUUGAUUCUUCCUACUUUAAGUUUACAAGAUUAGCAAAUGGCAACAUCUGAAAGUGAUACAUUUGUACACUAAAUAACUUUGGAUAUUGAAAAUCAAUGUUCAUUCAACCUAGUAUUAUUCUGAUCCUACUUAUGUUUCAAUCAAUGAUAACCAUUCAAUUACAAUAUAUUGAUAAAUGAUUAUAUAUUAUAAAAUAGGUUAAUAUACAGAUUUUAUUUAAGAAUUUUUAUCAACCAAAUAAUAAGUUUUAUAAAAUCAAAACAAUCCAAAACUUGAAUGAACUAUGGUUACGAUGUCCACCUCAAGCAUUACAAUUGCUGCAACAUGUCAAAAUUAGGUCUAAGAAUUUAGUGUGAUCUAGUGAUAAGUAGAGUAAUAUUUAGUUUAGAAUUAAUUUUUGUGUAAUAAAUAUUUAAAAAAUG